AGUAACGAAGGGUAAAUCCUGUACGGCAUAUGAAUAAUAAAGUCGGGUCACACCAGGUGGAUUCAACCACCCCCAAGUUGCCGUUUGCUGCUGGCCUGGAUGGUCCUUUCCAAAUUUCGUAGUUGUUGUGCUGUCAACUCACCCCUGUGGCUUCCACGACUCGUGCACUCAAUCGAAUUCAGCCUCGGACCAGUGUCGGGUUGGAAAUCGGAGUGAGUCACUCUCCGAAAUUGCACAGUUUUGAGUCGUAGUAUAAAUGCGACAAUUUCUCCCCGAAUCGUGCAGACGAAAUAAGGAUUGACGAAGUGCUGGUUUUUGUUCGGUGUCGGUGCCGGUGCGGUUAUAUCUGGCCUAAGUUAAUCUGAAAAACGUCCGGUUCCGCUUGGCCUUCAGUUCCGAAAUAUGGUGGUGUCUAAUUUCGUCUACAAGAAGGAAGUGCUCGCGCUGUUGUUCCCGUAUUUUAGAUGAAAAUCUCAUCCCUAAUGUUCAGUUGUGGCUAAGAAUUCGUGUCCACUACUUCCUGGGUUCAUGCCUUGGAUGACUUGGCAAAUGCAUAUCGAUUAAGGUGUAAGGUGCAUAGUCGGGAGUGCACAGGAGACGGAUCGUAAAGAGUUAACUAUUUGUGUGAAGGAACGUGCGACCCGAUGGUGUGUACGGAGUGGAGAAUGUAUUGAAAGUGUUCAAACCAUAACAAAGCUUUGCACCUGAUCUGUAUACUCGACCUCAUGUGGAUUUCAACUAGGCUUUAGGAUAUUCCAAGUGGAUUAUUUCACACAUGCAAUCAUUCCUUGGGAUGGAGCUGUUUUUCAUAGUCAUGCACAUGCUAGAUAAUCACCACCCGAACUUAAUCAUAAUUUCCGUCUCAAUAAUCUACUGGUUCAAAACAUCCCCCGUAGAUGGAUGGACGCUGGACGGGAGCAGUGCAGUACCGGUUGGGAACUUCACGAGUAAUAGUGUGAACGUCAGUGCCCCGAUGAAUACAGCAAACAACAAUUUUACAAUAUUGAACAUAAAUCAUGAAAUAUUAUAUUCAUGCUCAGUGAAUAGUAUGUGCCAAUGUUCGAGUCUCCCAAAUGAGUCGUCCACGUUGUUUGAAGUUGCUUGCAAUGAGGUCCUACUCUACAAAGCUCCAGACUUCAUCCAUAGCUCAAUAAAGCACAUAGAAAUUUCCGGAACGAAAAUUCAAUUCAUCGAUGAUGAAACAUUCCAAAGUCUCCGUCUGGAAUCACUUAAACUUGUAGACAAUAAAAUUUAUGAUCUUUCGGAACGUAGUUUCAGUUCCAUGGUUCACAGUCUUCAGACAUUAGACCUGUCCGGAAACCAAUUACAAAAGAUACCACUUAUUGCACUAAGAAAAUUGCACAUGCUAAGCCGAUUCAUCGGUCAUAGGAAUGACAUCAGUAAUUUGGACGGCAAUUGGGGAAACCUGUGCGAUUCGCUGCGAAGUGUACAUUUAUCAGCUAAUAACAUUGCCGAAUUAAUUUCACUGGAGGAAGAAGCAAGGGCAAAUUACAGUGGAUCUUUCUUGCCUUCUCACCAAAUUUGCUCAUUUUCGCGACUUAAAAGAUUGAUGUGGUUGGACUUGAGCAACAACCGCAUCUCGCAGCUGCCCCGUACCUCACUGCCCAGGACUAUAGUCACUCUAGACGUGUCACGAAACAUAAUUUCAACUUUCCCACAGCAACUUUUCGAUCAUCUGCAUGAUUUAAGAAUAAUUUCUCUUCGGGAUAAUUUAAUUCGCAGUAUUUCUUGCAAAGAAAUUCAUGCGAAACGUAUUCAUCUGGAAAAAUUGGAUUUGAGUUUGAAUCUAAUUGAUGAGCUGCAGUCCGAUGUCUUCCAUAAUAAUUACAGUAACAUUCAAGUGAGAGCAAUUAAUCUCGAAAAGAAUUUUAUCAAAUUCAUACCAGCUGCGGCUUUUCAUCAAUCCAAAAUUGUCCAUUUGGUGAUGGCCUUCAAUGAAAUUACCAAAAUCCAUGUUGAUGCUUUCGAGGGAAUCAGAGAGUCACUAGAAUACUUAGACUUGGAUGGAAACAACCUGCAGGCUGUUCCUCGGGCAAUCAAGUCUCUAAUGAAACUCAAAUACUUGUAUCUGAGCUCAAACCAUAUCAAUCAUCUCAGUAAUCUCCCGGACAUGAAUGGAAGUUUGCGAGUGCUGAGCUUGAGCGGAAAUAAUUUCUCUUCCAUACCCAUAGAGGGAUUACGAAAUUUCACCGAGCUCACUUAUUUGAAUAUGGGGUACAAUAAAAUUUCCGAAAUUCUUGACGAUACCUUCGUUGGAUGGGGGAGCCAACUUCAAACGAUAUUGCUGCGUAAUAAUAAGAUAACCCAGUUAAGUAACGGAAUAUUCAACGGGUUGGACUCUAUCAAGGAAAUCAGUUUGAGCUUUAAUGACAUUCAUUAUGUUAGUAAUAACGCUUUCGAAAAUGUCUCCAGAACUUUGAAAAUCCUCGAGUUAUCUUUCGGAAUAUAUCGAGAUGACUUUCCUAAAGAUGCCUUAAACCCUCUAACUGAAUUAGUGUGGCUUGGUCUGGAUAACAAUAAUUUGAAAAUUGUAAAUGAGCAUUCAUUGGCGACGAUGCGAGAAUUAAGUUACAUAAACCUGAGCUUUAAUCGUAUUACCAACCUGCCCCGGAAUCUUUUUUCUGCUGAAAUACAUAACCAUCUCAUGGAAGUAGUCUUGUCGUUCAAUUUGAUUAGCAGAAUACACUCCAAUACAUUCCACGGGCUCCUAGAACUUCAGCAUAUAAACCUCGCAUCCAAUAGCAUUCGAACUUUGGAGAAGAAUAGUUUUACCAAGCUUCCGUAUUUAACUUUCAUUGAUUUAUCUAACAAUAAUCUCAAAAAUAUUUCGGAUGCAGCAUUUCAAUACCUACCAAAUUUGGCGAAAGUGGAUAUGUCUGAAAAUUUCCUGUGUACACUCUCGCUAAGAAUGUUCAACCACGUGUCAAACUCGACCUUUCCGCUUCUUCUCAAUGUAAGCCAUAACCGUAUAUCAUUAUUUGAUGAUGAUCUAACGUCUUACUUGUACAUUCAUCACCUUGAUGCCAGCUUCAACCUUUUAACAAAUUCCCUUAGUUUCAGUAAUCUUGGAAAUACUUUAAGAAUUUUGGAUCUUAAAAGCAACAGUUUUUCCGUUUUGGGCAACCAUGCUUUUGGCGAUUUGGAAUUCCUAGAAACACUCAACCUAUCUAACAAUAAUAUAACAUCUCUGCGGAGAAGAAGUUUCCAAGGCUUGACUCAUCUUCAAGAGUUAGAUAUAAGCUUUAAUAAGCUGCAACAGUUGCAAGUAGAACAAUUUUCCAAUUUGAAAAAAUUGCGCGUUCUGAACCUAAGAAACAACAAAAUUCGCGCGUUUCCCAGAGAAGUUUUCCUGAAUACACGACUCGAAUUCUUAGACAUAUCAAAUAACUUCCUCGCAGUCUGGCCAGUAUCAGCCUUCUCAGAUGUUGGCUUCACUCUUCGAAAUAUCCAGUUCUCAAGCAAUAAUAUCGAAUAUUUAGAUUCUAGCAUGUUCAUCAACUCACAGUUCCUAACUGAUUUGAACCUAUCCAAGAACAAGAUAACAGUUCUACCAGACAAUACUUUUGUGUUCCUCAAUAAUCUCACCAAUCUAGAUCUGAGCUACAAUCCCUUGGUAUCAACCAACCUACGGCAGGUCUUCCUCCAUACGCUUCGACUGCGCAAACUCUCUCUUCAAGGUUUAGGACUUUUCAAUUUGCCUCGACUAGACCUUCAGUUUUUGAGUGAACUUGAUGUAAGCAAUAACGAUCUCCAGCACAUCCAUUCGCUCCACGAUUUGACUAUGCUCAAAACGUUAAAUCUCUCAAACAAUAAAAUAAGUAAUGCAAGCAUCAUUUGUGAGCACCUUCCGAUAACACUUAAAAUUUUAGAUUUCUCUCAUAAUCCAAUACGUAAAAUUACCCUACACGACGUGACACCAUUGCGCUCUCUAACAGAUCUUGACCUCACUGACAUCAAAAUUCAAACGCCAGCAAUUUUCCUCAAACUACGCAACUUGAAGGUACUCCGAAUUACGUCCUCUUCUAAUCUCGGUGAGAUAGUAUCCAAGCUACCAGGCCUGCAGAAACUCUACGUGCAUGUUAUCGAAAGCGCGAUCCAGGACGAUUUGUUUGCAAAAUUCAGCAAUAACACUAAACUAAAUCUAGUAGAAAUAUUCGGUAAAAAUGUCCAAAGCAUAUCGGGGAACGCUCUUGCUGGACUUAAAAAUAAUCAUAAACUGAAAAUUCGGAUACGUAAUACAAAAAUAAGCGAUCUGCCUCCUGGAAUAUUUUUUGUAUUGAGCAAAGUCCCUCAACUCACAAUCGACAUUUCGGACAACAAAAUAACGAACUUAUCCCCCGACAGUUUCUACCCAAAUGCAAGUUCGUGGGACGCAGUAGGAACACGCAGUAUUAUAGGGGGUCUUGAUAUAGUCAAUAACCCUCUCGAGUGCGACUGUGGACUCGUCUGGCUGGGUCAUUGGCUACGACGGUGGCUUCGAGAGUCCGCCCAAAUAAAUGCUAUACCAAGGGAGGAUAUGCAGAAGAUGGUCACAAGAGCCCGACGGAACACAUGUAACGAUCCUGGAACGGGUAGAAAGUUAUCUUUCUUGGAAUUGUUUCCCCAAGAUCUGUUAUGCCAUGCAAGCGCCUUGAGCAGUUCCGCGUAUACACGGCUCAAACGGGCGUCCACUGUUCUGACGUUUAUUUUGCCAGUUUUUGUGGCAUUCCUACAAUUUGCUUAAACUGAAACUUCAUAUUGUUACAUCGAGGACCCACGGAAAGCAAAUUUUUUAAUGCC